AUGUCCACGAUCCCUCCGAUCCACCCUCUUAUCCCUUCAUACACGAUGCUCAACAAAAUCCUUAAACAAAAUGCCCAUGCCCACCGUGGUGCCGCUGUAGACACCACUAGCAUGACCUACGGAGGGGCAGAGCGGCUCCGGCAUGAGCAGCGUCCAGGAGGGGAUCCUAGUAAAUUGGACAUUGUCGACCUGCUAGCAUUGCAAAUUACUUAUCGCGGCUCGCAAAGGCCAAAGAGAAAUUCUCCGGAGAGUCGUCAGUCGCUCUACGUGCACUAUAUUGGUGCCGAAGUUGAAUUGAAAAUGCUUCCCCUAUUCUCUGAAUUUGCCCUGCUUCCUUACGCAGAUAUCAAUAUGACUUUCUCCGGCAUCGCAGUCCACUCUUUCGUUAACAAGGCAAAGAAGAAUAGCAUAGCUAUGAAGGCGAGACAGAGCCAGUUUACACGUAUACCAGCCCUGGCCCCUGCAUCCAGCACCCUAUCUAUUUUCCUCUAUGGAGAUAAUGAAAACUGGGACCCGCGGCUCCCCUUCCUCCUGAACAACAAACCUGACGCUAUCGUCGGCCCGAAUGCCGGGCCCACCAGCUAUCUAGGGACUCUGGGGAGUUCAGCAAUCCGCGGGUAUCAAAGAGAUUCGUUUCCUCAGAUCAUUGAUCAUGCCGUUCCUCGCUUUAACUUGGAUGGCUUGGAGAUUCACAAUCUCACGCGGCCUAGAGAAUACCUCGUAGUCUUUGAUCCUUUCCAGCGUCCUGGCCAGAGGAGCAUGAGCUCGAUUCGAUUGCCGAGCGUACCGAACGGAUUUACGAUCAAAGCGGUCGGUAACGACCAGCAGGAAAAGGUCCAUUCCGUCUCCGUUGGCGUCCCUGCACCGGUUUCUGAGUUGAGUGAGCUGUGUCGCUGA